AUGGCAGUGAGUAAAUCUUCGCUGGAAGAUUACUGGACAGAGUUCCAUGAAAUUGAGAGUAAUAAAGACCCAGAUGAGGAAGAGGAAGAGGAGGAACUCCCUAAAACUCCAGAUGGGGAACAGGAAGCCAGAUGGCUCAAGGAGGUCGGAUUGGAUGCCGUCGUCAAUCGAAUCAAAGAUGGACAUGGCCUGACAGAUGAUGAAAUGGAAGCUGUCACAGCGACUUUGACAUCCAGUCAGGCUGCUGUGGUAAAGCGACGCGUGGACACCCUCAGUACUACAAUGCGUAAACGACAGAAGCAGAACAAAACUGAUGUGCGGGAUAUCUUCCCGACCCAGGAGACAGUCAAUGGGGGCUUGUAUGGCAGUCCAGGAUCAUUCCAUCGACUGUCCGGUGGAUCUAUUGGGGAAGGACAGACAACUUCUGACCAGGUGAUCCUGAGGCAAGGCAGUAAAGCCAAGGACAGGUCAUUCAUAAAGAGGGGAGUUUACUCUAUGUCUGGGAGAAAGACAGAUGAGGCUGUGAGUCCAGAUCAAACAGGAAUAGAAAUGUUAAGUGUCCACCCUAAGAGAUCAUAUCACCAUCCUGUAGCUGAGAGGCUGUCUGGAGGAGGCCUCCCUCCCAUAUCCGAUCACGAGGACAUUAUGUUUGAACUAAAAACUGAGGAGUCUAGUCGCUACAUUAAGGACCUUGGCUAUCAGUCAGGACCAAAACAGAAAGUGGGAGACAAUUUACCAAAUUUUACACUAGUAAAAGAUAAGUUGGGAGUGACACAGAUGAGUGACCUUGGCUCCAGUGACAUGUCACAGAUAAGGUCACUUGCUCUUCUAGAACUUACCUCUCUGUUCGAUAAUCAUAACAUUACCUACAGACACCGAAAGGCAAAGAAAAGAGUGAAAGAUCAUGGCCUUUUUGGUGUUCCCCUACACACACUUUUAGAAAAUGACCGGAAGAUAGAGCCUAGAGUCACCGUCCCAAUCAUCUUUCAUGACAUUAUCUGUUUCCUGGAGUCUCACUGUCUGGAUAUGGAAGGGAUUCUCCGAGUACCAGGUUCCACAGGGAGAAUCAAGCAAUUACGAGGAGAGCUGGAAGAGAGAUUUUAUAGUGGUGCUAUCUCCUGGGCAGAAGUCAUGCCUAAUGAUGCUGCAGGCCUUCUAAAACAGUUCCUACGAGAGCUUCCAGUGCCUCUACUGACUUAUGAAUACAUAGAGGCCUUUGCUCAGGUAGAGGGUAUAAAGGAGAAGAAACUACAGUUACAAGCCCUGUGCUUACUAAUUCUGUUACUUCCACCAGUCCAUCGUAAUACUCUACAGAUGCUGUUGCGGUUCCUACAACGAGUUGUGAAUAAGUGCCCAGAGAACAAGAUGAGUUUAGCUAAUGUUUCUAUGAUCAUGGCCCCAAAUCUGUUUCUGGUGUCUUCUGGUCGCUCCAAGUUCAAGGGCAUUCAGGAACGAGAGAUAACCAUGGCAGCUGGAACCUCAAAUAUUGUCAGAAUGCUUAUUAAAUACCUGGACAUUCUUUGGACGGUGCCAACAUUUUUGGUGCAACAGAUGAGACGCCAAAAUGAAAUAUCUCAACAACGCAAAGGCAGGGAUAAAUCGAAAAUAAAAUUCCUUGCCAAGAAAGACAAGUCAGACUUGUACAAAAAGCCUGCCAUUGUUCAGGAGGGUGAUUUUGAAGAAGGUGUAAUACGUGUCCAUGCCCCAAACCUAACCAAAAGUUCUACUGCAAUCCGCCUGGACAAUUGCAUGACUGCUGGGCAAAUAGUCGACAGAUUCAGGAACACGGAUGAAGCUUUAAAACCUGUUAAUGGGAGGGAGAACAAAAAGAAAACACUGAUGCAGCAGGGAGUCUACUCCGACCCUGAUAAAGUUUCUUUCGCCGAGGAACACACUUACCUGUAUGAAACAGGUGGCAAUUUAGGUGAACGAUGCUUAGAUCACCAAACCAACAUGAUGGCACUGUACAAGGUAAACCCUAAUGCAGAGUGGGUCAUCAAAACAAGCUAUCAUAGAUAGUCUCCAUACGAACUCUAAAUAGUGCUCACAGAGUAAAGCAGGAAGU